UUCAGUGAAGGGGUUAUCUAAUUUCUAAGAUUUUGUGGUUUAUUACAAAAAUCAGCAUCAGUAUCUAAAAUAAGUUAAAAUGCAAUAACACAUAUCAAAAAUAGAAUGAUCGAAUACUCAGUACCGGUAUGUUGUUAUAUAUCGUUGGAAUGUUAUAAUGAUUAAAAUAGUUAACACAAAAGGAUCUGUAUUGUUUAGUUUCUGUUUCCAGUCUCCUUCACAAGGAAGAAAUGUCAUGGAUAUCUGGGUUUGCUGACAAGGCUGAGCAGUUAUUGAUAAAAAUAGACCAAAAUGCAGCAGACAAACUGCAGAAAAAGAAAACUGUAAAACCUUUGGAGGAAACAAGGUUAACUGAAGUUACUACUGAUCCCAGCCCAGUCCUGAGAAGGCACAAGUUAACACCGCCACCUACACCGGUGAAGAAGUCUCUGCCACUAGUCAAGUCAGCUCCUGUCAUGGUCAAUCAGUCUCAAGAGGAAGAUAAACUUAUUGAGUUCCUCAAUGACAACUCCAAACCUGCCACUCAGACGGAUGGAAACAAAACUGACAAUGCAGUUGAAGACAACAGCCAAGGUCAACUGGAGGCGGAGAAGCAGAUGUUGAAGAACGAAGUGAGAGUGCUGAACAAUGAGUUGUCUUUGCUGCUGCAUCGAACACGAGCUGCUGAGAAAGAAGCAGAGACUCUGAAAGCAGAACUCAGCAAUGCAGAGACAGUUCGACUCAACCUGCAAGAUGAGAUGAAGGCUGUCAUGUCCCAGCUGAGUUCUCUCCAACAUCAACAUCACACUCUGGUUGCGGACAAGAGACAGCUAGAGGAGCAAAGAGAGACUGUGACGGGAGAACAGGUGCAAGUGCUGCAGGAACAGAUCCGACAACUGCAAGACCAGAACAACUCUCUUACUGAGAGCCUGCAGGCUCAGGAGCGACAGUGUGGAAGAGUGGAGUCAGCGAGGCAGCAGCAACAGCUGGAGUGUGACUCGUUGACUCAGCAGCUGACGCAGUUGCGUGCAGAGUUGGACCAAUACCGAGCGAGAGCUCAGCGCACUCUCAACGACAAGGAGGCUCUCAUCAGCCAACUCCGGGCCAGCAACUCAGAUGCUUCUGUUGAGAGCAGCUUUCAGACAGAACUUGCCCAGCUAAGGGAGGAGAGGCAGGUGUUGCUGGCCGAGCAUCAGGAGACGUGUGUCCAGCUACAGGCCACACGCAGUCGACUGGUGGAGGUAGAACACACCUUGGAGCAGGUGAGGGAAGCUGCGGCGCACACACAGCAGGAGCUGCAGGACCGCGUGGCGCACGAGACUCACCGACGGCGCAUCAUAGAGGAUGACUACCGUACACAAUCCCAGGAGUUGAGGCAGGUGCAGGAAGAGUGGAAUGUGGUGCGAGGGCAGCUUACUGCCAAGUUGCGGGAACGGGAGACAGAGCUGAACCAGCUCAGGGGACAACUGAGUGCGCGGCCCGCGUCUCCCCCCUCUCUCCUGCCGGCCGGAGAGCUGGAGGGCCGUCUGUCCAGCCUCACACGCACGCUCAUCCAGAAACAGACAGCACUGGAGUCGGCCACCACGGAGCGAAACCAGCUCCGUAUGCAACUGGAGGAGCUGGAGCACAAACACAGAGAACACCUGUUGCUCCUACACCAGGCCAGGGUGAUCAGUGCUAACGACACAGAUGAUGCCAAAGCGCAGGUACCCAGCUUUAUGGUGGAGAGUCCGUUCGAUACCGGUGUGGCACGGCGAGUGAAGCGAGCUUACUCAUCGCUAGACGCCGUGAGCAUUCGCACUGGCGUCUUCCUCCGACGUUACCCUCUCGCCCGGAUAUUGGUCAUCUUUUAUGUGAUUCUUCUUCAUUUACUGGUGUUGUUGGUGCUGUGUUCUCGUACUCCGGACAACGCACAAAAGUGAUCAAAGCUGUUAUCAAAUUGGUUUUGUUUGUCUAUAUGUUAUAAUUAUAUAAAUAUCAAUAAAUAAAAUAUUAUUUUUA